AUGUUGGUCAGUAACCCCCACCUGCUAACACUGGAUGAAGCAGAUGCCACUUGGGCCCUCAUCAAGGAUAAGGUCAUCGAGGAGCGUUUUGGGUCCAAUGUAGUGGCAGUACCUUUCCUGUCGGAUGCAGCCUACUAUGAUCUACUGGGCGUGCUAGUGAAACAGUCCCGUCGAGCCCACACCCGCCUAACUUUGCCAGGCCGGCAGGGCCGAAGGGCACUGCAAUCAGUAGGGCUGCUACCAAAUCUUCUAGAACAGGCAGGGUCUGAGGGUGUCUUUGCCCACUGCACUCGGGAAUACUCACCAAAUGGCCGAGCCGAGAUAGCCUACGAAGAAAUGCGAAUGUUGGAUGGGCAGCCCUGCCGGAUCCGCCUACAUAUGGGAGGCCUGCGCAAGAAGGUUGCCUUCCUUCUGCUACCGCCAGGGCAGGUGAGCCUACAGCAGAAUCUUCCCUGGAUCCGAAGCACCCACAGCAUCUACGUCAUCUACCAGGUCUUCUCCUGCACCUGGCUGCAGCUAGGGCUGUUACCAACAGCCCGUGAGCCCCAGCUGCUCCGGUUACAGCGGUCACUACCUAUUGCUUUCUCCUGCCUCAAGUUUUCACUGCUGCCCAAGGGUGUGCUGGGACCACAGAAGUCUCUGACCAAAGACCCCUUGCCCCAAGGAGCCACCUGGGUUAGACCUAGCCUUAGCAUCUUAUCAACUCUGGCCCCCACAUCAGUACCUGCUGAUACCCUUGAAGUUGCUGAUGCACCUCCACCUGUCCCAGCCCCACCUACACCACCUCCCCAAGAAGGGCCAGAAGGCAGACCCACCAGAUUCUCCUAUAAGGGUCGAAACCCCUUCCGGAGGGGCCCCUAUAUGCUUUCAGCAGAGAACUGGCUCUUCAGCCCCCGCAACCCCCCACCAGGAGGCCAGGGUGGGGGCCCCGGGGACCCCGACCGGCACUCCAUGUCCCUGCCCCUGCUGCAGGGUCUGUCCUCAGAGUUCGACAGCGACGAAUGAAGCUGAGGCAAGAGACGCAGGGGGCAAGGCCCCUAAGAUCUGACAUAGGGAUGAUGGUCCCCAAUAAACAUCAGCUGCUGCAC